GGGCCGUGAGCCCGCAGCCGGCAGCCCCGGCGCGGCGCAGCCAUGGGCAAGGACCAGGAGCUGGUGCAGGCGGUGAAGGCGGAGGACAUCGCGGCCGUGCAGAAGCUGCUGCAGAGGCCCAAGCCCGGCAAAGCCAAGCUCCUCGGAUCAGCAAAGAAAGUCAACGUCAACUUCCAAGACACGGACGGGUUCUCGGCUCUGCACCAUGCGGCGCUUAACGGCAACACGGAGCUCAUCUCGCUGCUGCUGGAGGCGCAGGCUGCCGUGGACAUCAAGGACAACAAAGGCAUGCGGCCCCUGCACUACGCGGCCUGGCAGGGCAAGAAGGAGCCCAUGAAAAUGGUGCUGAAGGCAGGUUCCUCUGUGAACAUCCCGUCGGAUGAGGGCCAGAUCCCCCUGCACCUGGCAGCGCAGCACGGGCACUACGACGUGUCGGAGAUGCUCCUGCAGCACCAGUCCAACCCCUGCAUCAUGGACAACUCGGGGAAGACGCCCCUGGACCUGGCAUGCGAGUUUGGCCGGGUCGGGGUGGUCCAACUGCUCCUGAACAGCAACAUGUGCGCGGCACUGCUGGAGCCCAAACCGGGGGACACCACCGACCCCAACGGCACCAGCCCCCUGCACCUCGCCGCCAAGAACGGCCACAUCGACAUCAUCCGGCUCCUGCUGCAGGCUGGCAUCGACAUCAACCGGCAGACCAAGGCGGGCACGGCGCUGCACGAGGCCGCUCUCUGCGGCAAAACCGAUGUGGUGCGGCUGCUGCUGGAUAGCGGGAUCAACGCCCACGUCAGGAACACCUACAACCAGACGGCUCUGGACAUCGUCAACCAGUUCACCACCAGCCAGGCCAGCAAGGAGAUCAAGCAGAUGCUGCGGGACGCCUCUGCAGCUCUGCAGGUCCGGGCCGUCAAGGACUAUUGCAACAACUACGACCUGACCAGCCUCAACGUGAAAGCCGGGGACGUCAUCACCGUGCUGGAGCAGCACGCCGACGGGCGCUGGAAGGGCUGCAUCCACGACAACCGCACCGGCAACGACCGCGUGGGCUACUUCCCCUCCAGCCUCGUCGAGGCCAUAAGCAAGCGAACAGGGUCCCGCGGGGCCGACAUGAGCCCGUCCCACCUGUCACCGUCGCAGGGCGGAUCGGCCGCGCCAGCCCCCGCCGAGGAGAUCUGGGUGCUGCGGAAACCCUUCGCAGGUGGUGACCGCAGCAGCCUGGGCAGCACGGGCAGCGUGGCCUCUGCGCGCAGCUCGGGGAGCGGGCAGAGCGCGGGCAGCGGGGCGCACGCCCUGCACGCCGGCUCCGAAGGUGUCAAGCUGCUGGCAACGGUCCUUUCCCAGAAGGCUUCUGCGCAAGAGUCUGCCGUGGGCGAUGGGCCGGCCAAGGCGCAGGACAUCCCCGCAGGUUCGUCGCGGUCGCAGAGCGUGGCCAGCUCCCCCUACGCCCCCCAGCCCCCCAGCGAGCCCCAGCUGAAGAAAAUGGAGCUGCCCUCAGAGGGGAAGAGCUCGGAGGCCGUGUACCAGUGGCUCUGCAAGUUCCAGCUGCAGCUCUACGCGCCCAACUUCAUCAACGCCGGCUACGACAUCACCACCAUCAGCCGGAUGACGCCGGAGGACCUCACGGCCAUCGGGGUCACCAAGCCGGGGCACAGGAAGAAGAUCGCCUCCGAGAUCAACAACCUCAACAUCCCCGAGUGGCUGCCCGAGUACAAACCGGCCAACCUGGCGCUGUGGCUCUCCAUGAUCGGCCUGUCCCAGUACUACAAGGUGCUGGUGGAGAACGGCUACGAGAACAUCGACUUCAUCACCGACAUCACCUGGGAGGACCUGCAGGAGAUCGGCAUCACCAAGCUGGGCCACCAGAAGAAGCUGAUGCUGGCGGUGAAGAAGCUGGCGGAGCUGCAGCGCGCCGAGCUGGGCAAGUACGAGCCGGGCACGCUCAAGAGGAAGGCGUCGGGGCCGAGCCCAGAGGUGCUGGCCAUCGAGUCGCCCCCGCCAGAGCCGCCUGAGUGCCAGUCGCCCAAGAUGACCACCUUCCAGGACAGCGACCUCAGCAGCGAGCUGCAGGUGGCCAUGACGGGAGAAGGCCCCGAGGAGCCCCCCGAGAAGGCGACGAACCCCGCGGCCCCCGGUUACCGCUCGCCGCCGGGGCUGGGCGGCCGCGCCCGCCUGAUGAGCAGCUCGCAGGAGCUGCUGGGGGACGGCCCGCGGGGCCCCCCCGCCGCCACCAUCUCCAAGAGCCAGGAGUACCUGGCGGAGGGGAGCGGGGAGAGCCCCCCUGCGCCGCCCAAGGAGAGCCGCCCGCCCCGGCACGGCCACCCCGUGAAGCGCGCCAGCGUGCCCCCGGUGCCCGGCAAGCCCCGGCAGCCCUUCCCGGCCUCCGCCGGGCAGCUGACGCCGCCGCAGACCCCCGGCAAGGCACGACCCUCGUCCCCACAAGGCCCGGCGGCUCCUCACGCCACCGCCAAGGUGAAGCCCACCCCGCAGCUGCUGCCGCCCGGCGAGCGCCCGGCAUCGCCCCGCUCCCUGCCCCAGUCGCCCACGCACCGCGGCUUCGCCUACGUCCUGCCGCAGCCCGCCGAGGGCGAGGCGGCGCCGCCGGGGGUGCCCGUCCUGCCCGUCUCGGUGCCCGUGCUGUGCCUGCCGCCGGCGGGCGAGGGCGAGGAGGAGCCGGGCAGGCCGAAGAAGCGGGCGCACAGCCUGAACCGCUACGCCGCCUCCGACAGCGAGCAGGAGCGGGACGAGCUGCUGGUGCCGGACGCGGGGCCCUACGCCACCGUCCAGCGCCGCGUGGGCCGCAGCCACUCGGUGCGGGCACCCGCCGGCGGCGACAAGAACGUCAACCGCAGCCAGUCCUUCGCCGUCCGCCCCAAGAAGAAGGGACCCCCGCCGCCCCCUCCCAAGCGCUCCAGCUCUGCCAUCUCCAGCGCCGGCAUGGCCGAGGACUUCCCCAAGGAGGGUGAGGGCGAGGCGGCCGUCGGAGCCCCGAGCGCCGAGGGCGAGGGCCGCCGGGAGCAGCGGCGGGCGAGCGACCUGGGCGGCAGCGUGGACACGGGCAGCGCCGGCAGCGUGCGCAGCAUCGCGGCCAUGCUGGAGAUGUCCUCCAUCGGCGGCGGGGCCCGCGCGCUGGCGCUGCAGAAGCCACACGUGGCAGCCGGGCCGGGGCCGGCGCCGGCCAAGGCGCCCGAGGGCUACUACCUACAGCCCGGCCCGCCGCCGGGCAGCCCCGACCGCGCCCGCGUGGCCACCGUCCUGGCCACCGUCAAGCAUAAGGAGGCCAUCGGGCUGGACGGGGAGGUGGUGAACCGGCGCCGGACCAUCAGCGGCCCCGUCACCGGGCUGGUGGCAGCCGCCCGCCGCGAGCGCGCCGACAGCGUGCGGUCGGAGGCGGCCGCCGACGGCCCCGGCGAGCGGCUGCGGGUGGAACGCGGCGGCUCCCCCGACGGCAUCCCCUUCGCCGAGGACGGCACGCUCACCAUCAAGCAGCGGCCGCGGCCCCUGGGGCCGGCCCGCGGGGAGACGGGCGAGGGGCUCUCCCCGGCUCACCGUCACGGGGAUCUGGGCAAGGUGGAGGCCAGCGCCACGCUCAAGCGGCGGAUCCGGGCCAGGCAGAGCCAGCAGGACGGCGUCCGCUUCGUCCUCACCGAGUCCGACACCGUCAAGCGCCGGCCCAAAGCCAAGGACAAGGAGCCGGCGCUGGAGCCGGCCACGCUCGCCGUGUACCAGAACGGCACCGGCACCGUGAAGCGGCGGCCGGCCUCGGAGCUGAGCGGGGCUGAGCCGCCGCCCACCCCGCCGCCCGCCAUCCGCCCCGACGGCCCCGAGUUCGUCCCGCCGCCCGCCGAGCCCAAGAAGCCCUUCAAGCCGCCGGUGUCCCCCAAGCCUGUGCUGACGCAGCCGCCUCAGAAGAUGCCUGGGCCGCCAGUGCCCGUCCCCAAAAAGGUGCCCAUCCCAAGCCCCGGUAGCCCAGAGGUGAAGCGGGUCCACGGCACGCCGCCCCCGGUGUCCCCCAAGCCCACGCCGCCCCCCACGGCGCCCAAGCCCCCCAAGCCCCACGCCGCCAUCCAGUCGGUGAGCGCCAGCUCCACGCCGGCCCCGUCGCCAGCCCGGCAGCUGAGCCCCGCGGCCAAGCCCUCCAGCACCCCGCCCUCGCUCUGCUCCAGCCCUGCCAAGCCCCUGUCGCCCGGCGCGCAGCCCCAGCAGGUGCCGGUGAAGCCGCCGCGCUCCACCAUCGCCAGCCCGUCCGUCGACAGUGCCGGCCCCGAGCUGGCGCAGCAGAAGCUGGAGGAGACGAGCGCGUCCCUGGCCGCCGCGCUGCAGGCGGUGGAGGAGAAGAUCAAGCAGGAGGACAGUCAGGCGGCAGACUCGGCCGUGGAGUCGAAGAGCACCGUGAGCAUCCUGGACGACAUCGGCAGCAUGUUCGACGACCUGGCGGACCAGCUGGAUGCCAUGCUGGAGUGAGGGGCGCCAGGGCCCCGAGAACCUCAGGGCUUACGUGGGCACAAGGGCACAACGAUCCACGACCCCCCGGCCCCGCCGCCCUCCCCCCGUCCCCUUUGUACAGCCGUCCCCUCCCGGACAUCCCGUCCCUCGGGGUUUGCACAAAGAAGAAGAUACCUCAGGAUUGUGCUCACGGACUCGGCGCCGGCUCCGGCAGGACUCCCUUUUGCAGAAGCAAAAAAAAAAAACAAAAACAAAAACAAAAACAAAAACAACAAAAACCACAGAAAUAAAACCCAACAGAAGAAACAAAGCAACACGCUCCGGACCGAACCGCGGCCGGGGCUCCGGGGGGCUCCCGACGGACCCGUCCGGUGGCCGCCCGCGCCCUGCCAGCCCCGGCGCCGCGGGUCACCGCCACCCGAAUGUAGCACAAGCCCUGCCCGGCGCGGUGGCUCCGCCAGCCGCGUGUCACCGGUGGCGUUUGCUGGUGGCGGGGCCGGGCGGGCAAACGCACUUGGGUUUCUUUGCUCCGUUUUUAAUUUUGAUUUUUAAACUUUGUUUUCUUUCUCGGUCGGCGUUGGCGGGGGCGGGCAAGGCUGGCGGUGGCCCUGGGGGCAGCGGGACGUGCCCCUGCCCGGCCCCUCCCCGCCUGGGGACAGGACGGUGAUAAGCUAUAAAAAAAAAAGUAUUAAUUUAUUGGAGGGGAAAAAAAAAAAAAAAAAAAAAAGAUAUAAAGCAGAUUUCCCCCAACCCCAAAAUAAUAAAAAAGAAAUAAACUUUAACAAAUAUAUAUUUAAAAGAUUUAAAAAUAUUAGCAAUUAUAUAUAAAGCAGUUUAAAAGAAAUCAAGAGAAAACUGGAUUUUAGCUUGAGAAAAAACUAUUAGAUUAUACUAAGCUGUGUGUCUUGUGGCAAACUCAUUCUAAGAGUAGCACAAUAUUUACCUUUUCUCUGGGUGGAAGGUACGUGCGAGCGGUUCUGGUCGGGUUUUCCGUUGGGAUUCAGUGUCGCGUCUUUCUUUUUCCACCGUUACGAACUCAAAGGAUGUGCCUUGUUUUAUGGAGGUUUUUGUUAAUUCUUACACUGGAGGUGUUUCAUUUCUUUUGGAGUGUCUUCAGCGUUUGGUUCAGUUCCUUUUUAUUGCUUUUGUCGUCGGUCUCUGUCUGGGUGCGUGUGGGUGUGCGUGGGUGUGCACGCGGGGUGCGUGUGCCCGGUGCGUCCCGCGGGACGCGCCGCUGUAUAUUCCUGUACAAACUGGAGUUGGAGUCUGGUUCAGUCGCUUGAGUCCUGAUGAAUGCAUUUUUUGCUUGUGGUUUCCAAACAAAAGUGUUGCUGUUCCUUUCUUCCUCUCGAGACGUGGAGUGGUCUCUGCCUCCUUCCCUCUUCCCUCCCUGCCCUGUCUCCCCCGUCUCUCCCGUUGUGGUCGCUGAUCCAGAUGUGUUUGGCACAACUUUGAAAUUUCUUUUGAAAAAAAAAAAAAAAAACCAACAAAACACACAAAAAAAAAAGACUUUAAAAAUAAUUUAAAAAAAUAAAUCACCCGCCUGAAAAUAUCUGUUGAAAAGAAAAAAAAAUAUGUAUCUACAAAAAAAAAAAAUCCAUAAAGUUCUACAUGAUGGAUAUAUACAUAUAUAUAUUUUUUAUGAUUAAGUUAUGGACUCUGUAUCGUAUCCCAUCUGUCCAGCUCUGCAUCUUGGUGCUGCUCCCUGCUCUUCUGUGCUUAGAUUUCACUUCUACUCGUCUUUAUUCUUCCUAUUCUGAAUUGUAGAUGGCUCGUGGUGCUGUGAAGACGUUUGCUCCUAUACCAAGUCUGGCAACAAAUAUUUAAAUAAAAAUAAAAAAAAUAAAACCC